CCCAGCAGCAAUAGCGAAGGGAGGGUUUUAUUGCAUGACAGUUCUGGGUCUGAUUGCUUCUUAAACCAAAAACAGCGGAACAGCCGCCUUCACCCCUCACUGCUCUACAGUGCAUCCAGAGGGGGAAGGCACUGAAGGACUUGUUGACCCAGCAGGAUCAGCUGCAGCGGGAAUCGGUGCAUUUUUGCUGGCGCCUGUGAGAAUUGAUCAGCGAAGUUACUGCCCUGCUUCCAUCUUGCGUUAUUCUGAGUGUACUUUUUAAUUGUUUAUAUCCAGGAUAGAGCAAAUAAUGGGGAGGAAACUGGAUCUAUCUGGUUUGACAGAUGAUGAAGCAGAGCAUGUUCUUCAGGUGGUCCAACGAGAUUUCAGCCUUCGCAAGAAAGAAGAAGAGAGGCUGAGUGAAAUGAAGCAGAAACUCGAUGAAGAGGGUAACAAGUGCAGCAUCCUUUCUAAGCAGCAGAAGUUUAAUGAGCACUGUUGCAUUCGCUGUUGCUCUCCUUUUACGUUUCUCAUCAAUAGCAAGCGGCAGUGCCAAGACUGCAAAUACAACAUCUGCAAGAACUGCAGCUCCUAUCAGAAGAAGGACAAGGCAUGGCUCUGCAAUGUCUGCCAGCAAGCUAGACUCCUAAGGACCCAGUCCCUGGAAUGGUAUUACAAUAAUGUGAAAAGUCGCUUCAAGCGUUUUGGUAGUGCCAAAGUCCUGAAGAAUUUAUACAGAAAACAUAGACUGGAGAGUGGUGCUUGUUCUGAAAUAAUAGAAGGAAGCUUUUUUGAAGGAAGCAUAGAAAAUGAAGGAAGCAUUUGUGGUAGUGACUCUACAUUCUACAGACAGACAGAAGGACAUAGUAUGAUGGACACCCUAGCUGUGGCCUUACGUGUGGCAGAAGAAGCAGUAGAAGAAGCCAUUUCCAAGGCAGAGACAUAUGGUGAAAGCCUGGACAAACAGAACGAGGCUUGUUAUUUACGGGAACAUAAGGAGGAACUGAUUGAAGAGCUUGCCACUACCAUAGUGCAGAAGAUUAUAAGAAAGCAAAAAAGUAAAGCUGAGCAGGCGGAGGCUGAUUUUAAUUGGCCACAGUCCAGAAGCAGCGGUCUGGCAUCUGUUGCUGUUUCAGAUCAGAGCAUGCUGACUUUUCCGGGCAGUCGCAGGGGAUCCUACACAUUAUGGAGGUCUCAGUCUGCAUUCUCACUGACUAGUGAAGAUACACCAAGCAAAGAUCUGGACCUAGCGUCAUCUAUGCCUGAGAUUCUUUGGAGGCAGCAGAAAGGCCUAGUCAGGAGACAGAGGGAACACAAACUGUCUGCGUUACCUAGCUGGAAAAGUGUGGACAGACUGAAUGAAACAAGUCCAUCUCCUGUUUUACAAAGCACUGAUGGGAACUGGGUGGCUUUGCAGAGCAUUACGUUGCCUCGCCCUAGAAUGCUUGCCAAACCAAAGAGCCAAGUAUUCAAAGCUUUGGAGAAUGAAUCUAGUGUUGUGUCUGCUUAUGACGAGAUGGGCUCGGAUAGCGAGGACGACUAUGACUGGAAUGUGGCCUUGAACAAGCUGCGUCGGAGGCCCAAGCAGUUGUCCGAGGAUUCUUAUUAUACCGAUUCCCAGUACAAUACUGAAUGGGCUUAUGGCAGUGAUCCGUACCAGCCAGUGACCUCACCUUCAUCUGGGCUAUACACCAAUACAGAGACGGUGUACUCUGAUUCUGAAACAUCUUCAGUAAAUUCCUCAAGGGAGGCUAGAGAAUCUAGCAAACUUCCCUGGCUACAAAGGAGAACUCAGAGUGACAAACCCAGAGUGGAAAAAGCACAUUUACAUGGAGAACUGGAUGUAAAUUUCAAUCCACAGGCUGACAGUUUAGAGUAUUCAGAUAGCAGUGAGACUGAGGAAGUCCAUUAUGAUUUAGAAAAGAGGUCUAGAAGGUGGAGAAAGAGCAAAAUUGUCUCAGAAGAAUUAAGUGAAGGAAAAAAUCACACAAAAACCCACAAGAAGAAUUUGAGCACAAAUCAGGUUUCUGAGGAUUUAUCAGAAGCUGAUAUAAGCAGUGAGGAUCAACACCAUAAAAUCAAGACAGACCUUGUUGAGGAAAAGCUUAAAUCCGAGUUAUUUGAACUAGCUGCUAAAAUGAGUGACAAGGAAACCUCUUCUGGUGAAGAGCAGGAGUCAGAGCCUAGAACAGAAUCGGAGACCCAGAAGGAAAGUUUGUCCUCAGAAGAAAAUGGCAAAAACAUUCAGGAGGAGUUGAAGAAGGAAAAACAAAAGGCUUUUGAUCUCCAUUUAAAACUGCAGGUUUUAUCCUCAGUACUACAGCAGAAGUACUCUGCUGUCUCUCUCUGCAACAUAUCUACAGAGGUCCUAAAAGUCAUCAAUGCCACAGAGGAACUGAUAGCAGAAUCCACCGGUCCCUGUGAUUUCCCAGCAGAUACUCAUGACAGAGGGAGAGGGGCAUUUCCAUUAGGUACAGACCCUAUCAGACUCGAUGAGCAGCUCACCACCUUGGAAGAAAAUGUGUAUCUGACAGCAGGCACUGUGUACGGGUUAGAGGGUCAGCUGAAUGAAUUAGAGGAUGCAGCACGCAAAAUCAACAGUGUUACAGCGGAAUCGGAACUAGCUGAUCUGGAGGAUCAGGUAGCAACAGCAGCAGCACAGGUUCAUCAUGCAGAGCUUCAGAUUUCAGAUAUCGAGAGCAGAAUUUCAGCUCUUAGUGUUGCAGGCUUGAACGUGGCUCCAUGUGUUCACCUAACAAGAAAACGGGAUCAAAAGCAAAUGAACCAGAUGCAAACAAUAGACACAUCAAGACAGCAGAGGAGAAAGCUGCCAGCUCCACCGGUAAAAGGUGAAAAUAUUGAUGCUUCUCCAGUUACUACUGUUAGAACAUUUAACAGAAACUUUAUGCUCCAAGGAUCUCUAACACAAAGAACUAAAGAGAGAAAAAGCACUGCCAAGGACUUGAUGGAACCAACUAUAGGAUCUGCUGUAAUGUACUAGACUUACAAAACUACUGCCAAUAACACACUGCCUAAGGCUGUACACUAUAGUGCCUUUAUUUAACAGCCAUUGUAUAUGUCCAAUGGAAAACGGACCCUCGAGAACCCACAAUGCCUCAGUAAUAGGGCUUUGUUUGGAUACCUCACUGAGAAAGCUGUCCAGCAUUGUGGUCUGCUAAUGGAAACUCUGCCUUAAAGUUCUCAUGAGACUCCAGAAAGGAUACUGAGUUUCAUAAGCAAGGCUCCAUGUUUUAAGAUGCACUUUUUUUCCCCCAUUGAUUGUACUAAAGUAUAUUGUCUUUAAAAUACAAUAUGUUUUUGUAUACUUAAUUUAACCAUAAUUGUUGGUCAA